AUGGCGACACUAUCCACCAAUACUAGAAAGCAGAAAGAGGAGGACAUCGAGCGUCUUGUGAAAUGCCGAUUGCGAUCCGAGAUUGAGGCUCGCAAAGCUGUCGAAAGCACGAUGAAGCGUGCAGUGCACGAGGCACGGGAGCUGAAAAAGGAGCUCGUCCUGUUGCGCCAAGAAAAAGAGGAACUGCGUUUAGCUGCUCGGAAGAAUGUGGUGUCGGCUCCAGGUAGCGGUGACAAGGAGACAGCACGAGGAGGUAGCGUUGGAUCCAACCGAGACAAUCAGACCGGUAAACAAGGAAGUAACAAGGCGGUGGAGUUAAAGUUGAGGCAGCAUAUUCAACAUCUCACAGCCCGAAACACCGACCUGGAGACCAACACCAAAGAGUUGAUGCAACAAGUCUCCGAUCUGGAGGCUCAGAAAGCAGCGGAGAUCGCCCAGUUGACCGCUGAUCUAGAGGAGAAAGACCGAGAGAUAGCAUCUCUGCAGGCUGAUCUAAAGAAAACCAAAUUUGCUGUCGACGAGACCAAACGUAAAUGCCAGAAAAUGCUGAAAGAGAAGAGGGAGGAGGCCCAGCGAGCUCUCCAGGAGAACGAGCAGCUGGCUCGUUGUACGAAAACGCUCCAGAGUCAAUUGGCACUACUGCCACAACUGAAGAAACAGCUAGAACAUGCCAAGGAGAAACGUGCCGAUGUGGUUGAGGUGUGGCAAAAGAAACUGGAGCAACGUGACGAGGCAUUCUUGCGCGAGGAAGAAGCGAACAAGCAGAAAUUGGCCGAGAAAGCCGCUCAGAUCGUUGAGCUCGCAGACGAGAAAGAGCAAUUGCAAGUGAAACUAGAAGAGCUCGAACGCAAACUUUGUGACAUCGACACCAAUCAUCAGACCGAGUUGCGUCACGAAGCACAGCGUCUGGCCGAGUUGGAGAGCACCACGAAAGAGUUGCAGGAGAAGCUGCUUGCAGCUGAGACUGCUUCUCGUGAAGCAGAGCAAGCUGAAAUCGCUGCACGAGAGACUCAAGAGCAGGAGACACGACUACGGCAGCUAGCGGAGGAUGCAGCCGACGCCGUUGAAGUCCGAGCUGAGAAGGCGGAGCGUGACUUGGCACAGGCUCAAUUGCAGCUGAACCGCCUAGAAGAAGCUCUCAAAGCUCGCGGAGUCACCUUGGACUAUCUGUUGAAACAACAGACACCAGUUUCCAUUGCCAGUCGAACUUCUCGACCUGAUAGAGAUAAGACAACCAGCACAUUGAAGAAGACCCAUCCAACUGGUGCUAAGCUCUCAACAGCAAGUAGGACGGUGCCAAAGAUCCAGCGUUCCACGAGAUUUCAAGCCACAAAUAACAACGAGGACGAGCGAGAUCAAUAGGAGACUCGGAAAGAACCAGGUCAAAGUUGUUCGUCCACUCAGCACAACUCCAAAGCCGAUUGAACCCAUCCCACUUAACAUCUCAUUGUUGGUCAC